UGAGAAUUCGCUUCCAAUGGAGAUGUGUAGCAAUUUUGAUGCUUAUGAGCUUAGACGUUUAGCAAGACGUUUUAAAAAGUUGGACUUAGAUGGUUCUGGAAGUUUGAGUGUUGACGAGUUUAUGAGCCUGCCUGAAUUGCAACAAAAUCCACUCGUUCAACGUGUUAUUGAUAUUUUUGAUUCAGAUGGAAACGGAGAAGUUGAUUUUAAAGAAUUUAUUCAAGGAAUCUCACAGUUCAGCGUUAAGGGCGACAAGAAUGUGAAAUUAAGAUUUGCAUUCCGAAUAUACGAUAUGGACCGUGAUGGUUAUAUUUCAAAUGGAGAACUUUUCCAGGUUUUUUUAAUUAAUUUAUAUUUUAAUUUUAUUCUUAAGGUUUUAAAAAUGAUGGUUGGCAAUAAUUUGAAGGAUACUCAACUUCAACAAAUUGUAGAUAAAACAAUUCUUUUUCAUGAUAAAGAUGGGGAUGGAAAAAUUUCUUUUGAUGAAUUUUGCGAUGUGGUGGAGGGGACUGAGGUUCACAAAAAGAUGGUAUUAGAGAAUAUUUGA